AUGAAAAUAUUAUUUCCAGAUCAAAAAAAUAGUUUAAUAUCUGAUUCUAUUCUUCUUUCGAAUAUACGAUUAGAUCGAAUAAAACAAUUCGGAACAAAAAUUAAAUCAGGAAUAUCAUUGACUGAAGUCAAAGGUGAAUUAGUUGACUUCGAAGUUAAUGAUCGUUCUCAUCCUCGAUCUAAAGGAAUUCAUGCACAAUCUAAACAUAUCCCUGAUACAUUAACUAAAUAUGGAUACAAGUAUGAUCCUAGUUGGGUAAAUCGUCCAUUACGUAACGAUGAAACUAUCGAAACAGCGUUAUCUGGUCAUAGUGAACGGCUUGCAAUAGCCUAUCAUUUCAUUCAACAAAAAAAACAUCAUUUUUUCAAAUCACAAACAAUCUUCGUUUGGGCGAUGAAUCGUAUUUUUCCGGAAAAUAAUCGUCAAUCAAAUCGCGAUUAA